UUGAAGUUUUGAUAAGCUUGCAAAGCGGUUACAGUAAACGGUGGCACAGCAAAUAGUAGCCAGGAAACUUUAUUGGAAGCAACAUGAAACCAAUUUGGUUUGUGUCGAUUUGCCUUCUAGCAUUCGCUGGUGCAGUACACGAAAAUAAAUUCGAUGUAACAAGCGGCUGUCUGCAACACAACUCUAACUACGGAUACAAUGUUGCUCAUCCAUUUUUUGCCCUAACCUCCUUUGAAAACGCUUUACAUCAGUUUGAUGAUAAAGACACAAUAAAUAGAACUACAAUUCGGAUAGGAAUUUUAACCAAGAACGAUGGACACAUCCGGCUCACGUCUGGUGAGUACCCGUUCUACAACCCCAACAACCUGAUAACUGAAAUCGUUAUAUCUGGUUGGAGCAACACCAACCAUGAAGUUCGUACAUAUUCUUUCCAACGUCCUGACGAACGUUCUGGGAUUACCAUUCUGAAGCAUCAAUCCAGUUUGGGUGAGCUAUCGGAAUUUGUACCAUUGAUGUUUACUAUGGAGAUCACCAGGCUGGGUGAUAUUGCGUUGAACAAGGACGGUGAGCAAACCUCAUUUCUUGCAGUACGUCAUAGACAACAAACGCCGUUAACAGGAAUUUACAUUGGAUUUUGUAACUGGGAUGUUCCGGCAAUUUAUUUCUACGAUUGUCCAUUGUUGAAAACGGAAAAACAUGUUUGUGGGGACAACAAAGAAGUCCUACUGCAGCAUUAAAUCUUUAAGCUGCACUUUUAAUAAGUGAAAACAAGGGCAAUUAUUACAAUUAUUAUGGAGAAAAAAAGUGUUUAAUGCUAAAAACGUGUUCCCGUGUGCGGCAUGAAAUUACUAGUGUGUUUUUUCUAAUCGGGAUAAGAUUUUCCCAUCUAUGUGUCGAAAAUAAUCUACAAUUGAAAUCAAAAACCCAUUUAAAUUUUGUAAUAUACGCGAGUAAAUAUCUUAAUAACAAAUCUAGAA